UGCUACACACAAUGUUAGUCUCCUGGAGAAAGAUAGUUAGAACUUGUUAAUUAGAGAAUCAGAUCAGAAUACUCAGAUGGUGUGCAUUUGAUUCAGCUUUUAAACCAAACAAGAAUGAUGGGAGAUGUAAGGCAUGGAUUCUAAAAGGAUUAACCAUUUACUAUACAUUUACCCAGAAGGGGGAGUUUCAGAGUUUUGAGGAACUUCAGAGGUCUAACGGGGUGGAAAAGGACAACUUCUACAGAUAUCUACAGGUUCACGCAAGAAACCUAUUUCUAUACUAUACAAUGGUAUUCAAGCUUCUAAACAAAGUGACACGGACUACAUAAGAAACAGAUGGAUAAAAGGAGGCGAUUUGACCAUCUCUUCUGAAGGCUGGGAAAAGAUCAAUUAACUACACUGGAUGACCUCGAGCUCCAACACAUGGAGAGAGUUCUGUUGGAAAAACACUGUUAGGUAUUUUGAAACUCCAGCUCAGAAAAAGUAUCUGGGCAGAGGAGGCAGCUGUUGGAGACUCUGUGGGACAAACGAGGGAAAUCGUCAUCUUAUUUUCUGGCGCUGUCCAGUGAAUAAACCUUUCUGGGAGCAGAUGACCUUAUUGUCAUGGAUCGCUGGGUUUCUGCUGAUGAGCAUAACUGCAGCACAAGACCUCAAGCACUUUCCACAAAACGUUGUUCUGGCCAAAAUAAAUGAAAAUUCUGUCACCCUUACCUGCGGUGCACCUACUGCUGGACCUGUGACAUGGAAGCUGAACGAUGAAGAUGUCGAUUAUUUUGAAGACCAUUUUGAGAAGAAGGGCAAAAAUCUAAUUGUGAAGGAGGUGGAUACACCCCUGCUGGGAGAAUACAGCUGCUGGAGAGGGAAAGCAAAAUUGUCAUCCGUUUAUCUGCUACAGGGGACUGAGGAAGGAGAGGAUAUAGAUUCUUUGCUCACUUGCCAUGCAAAGUCCUAUGACUGUAACUUCAGCUGCAGCUGGACUAACAGCAGAUAUGCAGUGGUGCGCCUUGGAAUUGGCCCUGAAUGCAGUAAAGGUCAGAGAUCAUGUCAGUGGGUGAGCAGCAGUGGCCAGCUCGGGAAUGAGGGAUUCCAGUUUGAGCUCUACCACAACCUCUCACCAUUUGCUGAGGAAAGCAGCAUGUUGGAGGUCACCGCUGAGGCCAUCAAUAACCACUUCCUCCUCAGGAAAACCAAACUGUUUUAUCUCAGAGAUAUUGUUGUACCUGACAGCCCCCAGAUUGUCAGCUCUGAGGUGGUGGGGCAGCAAUUGAGCGUCAACAUCAAGCCACCGUCCAGCUGGUCAACUCCUUACAGCUUCUUCAGUCUGCAGCAUGAGAUUGAAUACGUGCUCAGAGACGAUGGCCGGACUGAGCGCUCUUUGUCUUCUCUGAUACCGAAGAGGAUCAGCAAGCUGAGGGUCCGCUGCAGAGAUCCCCUGGUGCUCUCACCUUGGAGUCAGUGGACUCCGUGGAAAAAUGUAACCCACUGAAUUUAUCUAAUCCAAAUUCUGUCAGCUUGUACUCUUUAUAUGCUCUUGUGUUUUUCACAAGUGUGCAGUGGCUUCUCAUGUCUAUUAUGAAGGAUUUUAAUGAUGUACUCUUCUGCCUACAUGUAUGAUCAAAUAAUGAUGGUUUAGACAGAGCUGGUCCAAGAUAUAAGUAAACUAAACCAAUGCUUAGGGUCCCCAAACCAUCUAGGGGCUCCUAUGCUUCAAUUUUAUACAGACCGUAGAUCAAAAAACUUUCGAUUGAAAAAGACAGUACUAUUAAAUUUGAUUUUAAAUAGUUUAAAAUUGUGAUUUAGGAUUUAAGGAAAUUGGCAAGUUUACUUGGUCAAAGUACAAGAAAUAAUACUUACUGUUUGAUUGUUGCAAUCUGAGACUACAAGUUUAAUCUUUUUCUUGCGCUGGAGGUUGGUUUGUUCUCAAAUACAUCUCAGCAAAUAAUAACCACUAAUCAAGGAUUGCUGUUGAGCUCAGCCAAUUAAACUUGGCCUUCUCUCCCACAUUUGACCAAAUCUGUAUUAAAUGUUGUUGGUGGUGAUGUUCAUAGCCUGAAGAGGGACCCAAAUCAAAUUCUCUUUAAAACUCUUGACCAGCCAUGUGGUCAGAAAAAAACUGUUUCAUGUCAUAGAAUAUAUAUUUUUAUUAUUAUACUAACUAUACUUGUGUUCGCAACCUAUUUAUUUAAGUAUUUUAAGAAUGUAUUUAUUUAAUAGAUUACAAAACACUCAUUCCUAAUGUGGAGUGCGACACAUCUUUGUGAGGGUUAAAUGAGGUAGAAGGAAAAAAAAUGUCUGGGGAAGUCUAACCUUACAUGUCUGCUGGAGAAGUCUUCUUCAGUGUCUGACAUCACAAUGUGUGCUUCUUGUCUCUGUUAUUUCUGUACAUGUGUUGGUGUUUCUGUGUAUUUUUGCGGGUUUGUGCAGUGCAAAGCAAACAAUUAAAAUAGCUUUCUGUUUCCUUCCUUAUACAUGUUCCUUCUUCAUUUGUGUAUUGCCCAUGUCAUGCUUGCAUGAGUUAAUGGCUCGACGCGCAAAGAAAUUCCCCUUUAAAGUAAUUCUCAGUGAAACCAAAUAAUUUGUUUAUUCAUAUGUCUUCAUAAGGUGUUAAAAUCAACCUCAUCAUUUACAGAUGAGGUUGUUGAACCAAAUUUGAAAUCAAUGAUAAAUAAAAUACUUUCUGUUAAUAUUUAAAAAGGUAGCGCACUUUCCAAGACACAAAAAUAGACACUAUUUUAGUCACUAAUCAUUUACAGUUUCUUGUAAAAGUGAUUGUACCUCUUUAACUUCUUCACAUAUUGUCUCUUUAAAACCGCACUCUUCAAUAUAUUUUAUGUUAUAGAGCAGCAGAAAAAAAUCUAACACGUUUAACGUGCAUUCGUAUUCAUCCCCCCCCUACUGUAGAAUCACCUUUUGCUGCGGUUACACCUGUGAGUUUUUUUUUCGCUAUAUCUCGUUAAACUUUGCAAACCUAGAGAAUGAAAGUUUUGCUCAUUCUUUGCUGCAAAAUAGUCCAAGCCCAGCCACCAUUUGUUAAUGUGAUUUAGGUCUGUACUUUGACUGGGCCAUAAUAAUGGUUUGAUUUAAACCGUUCAAUUGAAGCCCUAGCUAUAUGUUUGGGGUUAGUGUUCUGUUGGGAGGCGCACCUCCAACCUAGUCUCAAAUCUUCCGCAGCCUCUGACAGAUUUACUUGCAAGACUGCCCUGGAAUUAGCUUUUCCAUGUCCCAAUGAACGAAAAAGCAUCCCCACAUCUAAAUACUCCCACUGCCAUGUUUUCACAGUCAAGAUGGUGUGUUCAGGGCGAUGUGUAAUGUUAGUUUCUUGUCAUGAAUAGCAUUUUGCAUAUUGAUCAAAAAGUUAAAUUUUGGUCUUAUCCGAUCAGAGUAUCUUCUUCCACCUGUUAACUAUGAUCCCCAAAUGAAAUGAGACUUCUUGAAGCUUUCUUUACCAAAACCUUUCUGCUUGCC